GACAGCGUCGCGAAUAAUUCAUAUAGUAUGGAUAAUCAUCAAAAUAUUUCUGAACUAUAUGUUGUUUUGCUGACCGGUCUAGCUUUCGCUACAUUGAAUCUUUUUGCACUCUUUAUGUGA